AUCGGACUUUCGAUCGAGAAAUCGAUCUUCUGACAGUUUGCUACCGCGUCAUUAAUGUUUAACGAAUGAUUUUCGUGUAUUCAAUUAUCCUAUAGCUUCUUUUCUGGUUUGCAACAUUCAAUGGCCGAACAGGAUAGUAUCUUUAAUGAAAAUGUGUUCGACGUCGGCGAAAGAAAAUUGCAUUCGUGAAGUGAAUAGAAUAUUGGAAGCAUCAAGUUUGGUUACUUGCGCGAUAUCAAGUAAUUCGAGUUGUUGUGAUAAAGAUGUCAAGGUAGAGGAGGAAGUAAAAAGUAUCAUCCAAGAAGAGGGUGAUCUAUUGCCUUCGAAUUAUCUCGAUAAAAAUAUUUUUGGCUUGUUAAUACCUGCAUUGGAAGAAACACUUAUCGAAGCAUCUGAACAGAACGUUCUUUGGGUCCAGAAAUGUCGUUUUAACGGUCUCGAUUAUAUCGCGGAAUUUUUAUGGAAUCGGAAUCCACGACGUCCGAAAAUAUAUACACCGCCUUUAAAUGUAUUUGAUAUACCGCUAUUUAAAGAAUAUUUACGUUCACAUCCUAGACCUUAUUAUCCAAAAUCGUGGUUAUGGUCUGAGGAUGAAGCGGCGUUGCACAUACAAAGAUAUGUUCGCGGUUGGCUUGUGAGAAAACGUGCGAAUGUUCAGGAAAUGAGGAAAUUUUGGAAGGAUAUUGCGGUCAAAAGUCUCUUUGGCAAGGGGGAGAUUUAUUCUGUACAGUUUCAAAGACUUUUAGGUAUGUUUUGUUACAGAUUUGUAGUGAUAACGAUAUUAAUUGAUUUAAUUUGCUUGCAGAUAACAAACAAAACGAUACAAAGCAUGAAACAAUCGAUGAAGAUUUUAUUCGUUGUGAAAAAUACCGGUCGACGAUUGCGCACACAUAUAAUCCAAUGCGAAUAUUAAAUGAAAAAA